AAAUGAAGAAAAAUUCUAUGAUGUUUAAAUGAAAUAUUUCAAAUUUGAAAAAAAAAUUUAAUAGCUCAUCAUGAUAUCAUUAGAUUGAUAAGAUAAAUAAAUAGUUGGACUUUUUUUUUGUUAAAUUCAAGAGAUUUUAUGAAAAUGUCUUGGAAAAGUGAUGUUCGUGUGGUGGUUGGCAUAGAUUUUGGAACCACGUAUUCGGGAUUUGCUUAUCGUUUUACCGAUUUUGCUGGGGAAAUUCAUACAAAUAAAGAUUGGGAAGGAUACGUCGGCAAAUAUAAGACAAAUACCGUUCUCGAAUAUGACGAUAAUUUUAAAAAUGUGGUAAAGUGGGGAAGACCGGCCUUUAUUAAAGGAACAACAAACGAAGCGGAUGAUACAAAUGAACCAAAAUCUGUUGGAUUAUUUAAAUUACAUUUGGGAAGUUUAGGAAAAUUACAAGAUCAUUUAAAACCUAAAAUUCCAGUUGAAUUUAAAAAAGCUAUUAUUGAUUAUCUUAGAGAAAUGGGAAAGUUAAUAAAAAAAACAGUUGAAAGCGUAGAAGGUAUAAAGUUUCAUGAAAACGUUCUUUUAGUUCUUAGCGUUCCCGCGGAGUAUUCAAAGAAAGAAUUAGCAAUAAUGAGAGAAUGUGCGUCUGAAGCAGAUUUAAUUAAAGAAGAAAAUUCCGAAUAUUUACAAUUUACUACAGAACCUGAAGCUGCUGCAAUCUAUUGCAUGAAAAAUUGUCUGGAAAGUUACGAGAUAGGAACAACUUUCAUGAUCGUUGACUGUGGAGGUGGAACGGUAGAUUUGACCACGCGUAAACUCGUCGGUGAAAAUCAAUUAGGUGAAAUUACGGAACGAGCCGGUGAUUAUUGUGGAAGUUCGUUUAUAGAUGAAGCAUUCCUUAAACAUAUAGGAAGUAUAGUAGGAAAUUCAACAAUUGAUAAACUACGAGAUAAAAAAAGCAAGUCGCUACAACGUAUGGUUGAUCAUUUCUGUCGCAAAGCUAAAUUUCCUUUUACUGGUGAAGAUACAGAUUUUCAAUACGAUUUAGAUGUUCUAGAUGUCAUUAAAGUUCUUAAGAAAUUCGUUAAUGACGAAGCUAAAGAACUAUUAGAGAAAAAUGGUUGGUCGAUUGAAAUUGAAUUUGAAGAGAUCAAAUCAAUGUUUGACCCUAUUGUUGAAAAAAUCAUUCAGAUGAUAGGAACUCAACUUGAUAAUUGUCGCGAUGAAUGUUCGAUUAUAUUUUUAGUUGGAGGAUUCGGCCAAUCAAAAUAUUUGAAAAAUAGAAUUGAAGAAAAGUUCAAAGAUCGAGUGAAAUCUAUCGUUGUUUCUAAGGAACCUGUUGCAGCAGUUGUUCGAGGAGCAACAUUAUUUGGAUUAAGCUUAUAUGAUAAAAUUUAUAAUAUGAGAAAUGAUGAGGAUGUUUUAUUCGUAUUAAAGAAUCGAAAACUCAACUUCACAUAUGGAAUUAAAGUAUUUAAACCUUUUAGAAAAGGUGACCCACCAGAACGUAAAACAUCCAAUGGAUUCAUACAGCGAUUUCAUCGUAUAGCAAAAAGAGAUGAUAUUGUUGAUAUCGAUAGUGAAAUUCGUAUAUAUAAUUUAUGUCCUGUUAGUGGAUUUCAAACUUUUGCUACAUUUUAUAUUUAUAUCACAAAAGAAUACGAUCCAAAGUAUUGUGAUGGAAUGGAAGUGUUAGGAACUCUCAAGAUUGACCUUUCAAAUAAUGGAACUGAUAGACGAGUUAGUUUUGCACUAUCAUUUGGUCAAAUGGAACUACUUACAGCCACCGCGAGAAAUGAAACCGAUGGACAAAAUUAUCUUGCUACUUUUGAAAUUAACAAGGAGAUAGGAAUUGUUUAAGUUAUACAUAUAAUUUAGUUACCAUAUACUGUAUAAUAGCGAUAAUGCUUUAUAAUCUUUGAAAUAAAUAUGACAUACUAUUUAACUUGUUUUUUCCCAUGAACGGAAUCUUUUUCUGUUGAGAAAUAAAUAGAAAUAAAUAGUCUAAAAAUAACACUAAUACA